AUGUUUGGCUUUGGACUCCCACCAGCUGCACCAAAACUUGUAUCCCUCCUCGAAGAGCCAAACCCAUCUCUUCAAGCAAUUCUCUCAGAUGACAGCUGCAUUCGCGCUUUUAGACAAAAUUUUACUAGUUUAUCGAAAUUUAUAAACGAACGCGCUGUUGAAGUACUCGCAUGCGCAUUAAGCAACGAUCCUAAUGCUUUACGCGCCUACCAGUUAUUCGGUGUUGAAAAUGAUUCACUGCUUAUUACCAUUAGCAACACUCCAAGCUGGCUUGACGAAGUUUCCAAGGAAGUUUUCAACGAGAACCCUGACGAGGUUUAUAUUAACAGGUUUGCUCAUAUCACAGAACUUAUUGCUUUGAAGAAGCCAAGCUUAUUAUUCAAAGAUGUAUCUUAUGUCGACAAAUUCUUCCCAUAUAUCCAUCUUCGUGCCGUUUAUGGAAUUUUCGAAUCAUUAUUUGUUAUAACAGAGCUCUCUCUCGAUGAAGUUCAGAACCAAAUGAGUUCAUCGGAUUUCCUCGAGAAACUUCUUGAUUAUCUCAAGUCGAUAUCCGAUUCACAGGAUCCAUACACAGAAGGCCGCGCUUCCAGCAUCUACAAGCUUAUUUCCUUGAUGUCAAACAGUGACAAAAUGAAACCAAAAGUACAAGACCCAAAGAUCAUUCCAAAGCUUCUCUUAAACUUCGCUAUAUCCGAUCCACGCAUUCUUGAGAACAAGUGGCAAGCAGUUUACGAUGUUUUGUCAGAAAGCACAGCCAACCUUCUUAUGCCAGAAAUUAACACAAUCAUUGGAUUCCUUGAUUUCGAAAACACAUACUACCCACACCAGGUCAUCGCUAUCAACCUUCUUGUGAAGUUAGCCUUAAAUCUCGAGGAAGUCCGCAAGAUCCUCGAGGGAGCUCAUAUCGAAGAUAAAUUCGUAGCUAUUCUUCAGCACUUCCCUCAAUAUACUUUCGCUCAUCUCGCAAUCAAGAAUUAUUGCAUCCAACUUAAGGACUACAAAGAACUUUCCGUCCCUGUUAUUAAGAAGAUCAUUGACUUCGCUAAUAUUGCUAUUUGUGAUGAUACUACAGCUGUCGUAACUCGUGCUAUUAUCUGGGAACUCGUCGCUGAAUGCAAGAAGCAGGAUGUCCUCCAGGAUCCAAUUGCUGGACUCUCUGAUACGGCUAAGGAAAUCUUAAACAACUUAGAUAAGUUGUCUGAAACUCAAUAUGGUGGUGAAGUGCCAGAAAACCAGCCAGUAGGUGAUGAUGGAUUAAGUAGCCUUACCCCGGAGCAGAUCAUGACUCUCCUUCGUUUUCUUACAAGCGGUCAUUAA